AUGUUUUCUUCAUCAAUCAAACAAGCUUUAAGAACCCCAGUUAUUAGAAGCUCUUUAGUUUCAACUGUUCGUCCAACCACAACCAAAUUAGCUACUUUCAACAGAAUCUCUUCAAUUAGAAAUUAUUCAGCUCAUGAAGAAGAAACUUUUGAAGAAUUUACUGCAAGAUUUGAAAAAGAAUUUGAAGAAGCUUAUGAUUUAUUCGAAGUUCAACGUGUGCUCAACAAUGCCUUCUCAUAUGAUUUAGUUCCAUCUCCAGCUGUUAUUGAAAAAGCUUUAAGAGCUGCUAGAAGAGUUAAUGAUUAUGCUACUGCUGUUAGAGUUUUCGAAGGUUUAAAAUAUAAAGUUGAAAAUGCUGAACAAUAUAAUGCUUAUUUAGAAGAAUUGAAAUCUACUAGAGAAGAAUUAGGUAUUACUUUAAAAGAAGAUUUAUUCCCAGAAUCUGUUGGUGAAAAACCAGUUAACUAA